CAGAGCCCUCCGCUGCCGCCGGCUCCCAGCCCUGGGGCCGCGCCGACCUCCGCGCGCUACUUCCCGCCGCCGAGAGAAGCCCCUCCACAAAGGAGCGAGGCAGCAGGAGGCGGGGGAUACCCGCACGCCCGGCCGCUCCGUCCGGAUGCGGUGAGCCCCCGCCUCGCCUCCGGGGCCGCGUCAGUGCGGGAGGGAAGAAGCGGAGUGGCGGUGGCUCUCCGGCUGCCACCAUGGGCUGCUGCACGGGGCGCUGCACGCUGAUCUUCCUCUGCUCGCUGCAGCUGCUGGCAGCAUUAGAGAGACAAAUCUUUGACUUCCUGGGUUUCCAGUGGGCUCCUAUCCUUGGCAAUUUCCUACAAAUAAUAGUUGUCAUUUUGGGUUUGUUUGGAACCAUCCAGUUUAGACCUCGAUAUAUAGUCGUGUACACGGUGUGGACUGCCCUGUGGGUCACCUGGAAUGUUUUCAUUAUCUGCUUCUAUCUGGAAGUAGGCGGGCUUUCUAAGGAAACGGAUCUCAUGACCUUUAACAUCUCCAUGCACCGCUCCUGGUGGCGGGAACACGGGCCCGGCUGCAUACGAAGGGUGGUGCGUCCUUCUUCCCCUGGCAUCCUAGAGGAUUACUCCUACGUCUCGGUGACAGGCUGCAUCAUUGAUUUCCAGUACCUAGAGGUCAUUCACAGCGCUAUCCAAAUACUCCUCUCACUGGUUGGAUUUGUGUAUGCCUGUUAUGUGAUCAGUAUUUUCAUGGAGGAGGAGGACAGCUUUGAUUUCAUAGGUGGACUUGACACAUACUCCUACCGACAGCCCCCCCAGGAACAUGUUGAGUUAAAGCCUGUAAAGCCUGUAGGUCGAAGUAAGUAAUGAACAUGGAUUCAAGACUUCUGCUGCUGUAGCUGAAGAAACAGAUUUUAGAAAAAAAAGACCAACCUUGUGACUCAUCGUUCUGGAAGAAACCCACCACAUCUGUUCCUCACGGCAUGUGGAUUAUUCUUCCCACAGGCUCAGUGUCAUUAUCAGCGUUGUUAUUUCGUAGAUCCUUGUAGACGAUCUUGAAUUUUUAAAUAAUUUACUUCUAUGGACACUUGUAAAUUGUAAAUUCUUUUCUUUUUUAAUUUCAAUAUUUUUACAAUGUUUAGUGUUGAGGCAUGAAAACAACCUGUGAAAACUAGGAGGAAGGUGCAUCUUUCUCAAAAAAUCAGUGUUUUUUGACUGAGAGGAUCAUACUGUGCCUGGUCAAGAUUGUGUCAGUAAACAGUAAUUUUGACUCCAAAAUAUGCAGCAAGAGUCAAACCCUAAUAGUGUUCAAGAGAUCAUUUCAAUGCUGUCUUUAGAACUCACAAUGUCCACUCCUUGCAUUGUUUGAACUGCUGAAUGCAGUAGGGAUUGAUCUAUCACUCUUCCUACCCAGAUGUUCAAGCACUAAUGUACUCACCUAACUAUUGCAAUUCAUAUGUGACUCCUCCUUUCCUAAUCUCUUUUGCCCCAAGUCCAUCUCCAGUAGCUGUCUCUGAAGAGAAGUAGGACAACUGCUCAAUGGAUGUCCAUCUCUAGGAACCCUUACACCCAGGGCUGUUUAGAUGUCUGUGAUUUGCACAUUUUUAAACUCCUUUCCUCCCUUCUCCCAGGAAGAAGCCAAGCAUGAAUGUACAGUAUGAGGCACCAACUGAAGCCUUAGAAGCCUCUGGGGACUAAUUUUUCUCUUAAUUUAAAAGUAAACAAGCAAAACUGAAAAAUGCGUGUAAAAAUUUGUAAAGCUAUUUGUAAAUACUUCUAGACAAAGAACAUGUAUGUAACUGUGGUAUUUUGUUUUCUAUUCUGUCACCACUAGCAUAAAGUGAUACACAAAGCUA